UCGGCGCGAACCGAACGGAACGGUGUCAGUCAGUCAGGCUGGGUGGUCGGUAACGAGAGUGUGGUGUGUGCACGCGCGAGCGACAGACGCGAUACAGUCAACGUGCGAAGAAGGCGUGUGCGAGGAGCCGUGUUGUCAUGACGUUCGCGUGAGUCGCGGCCAACGGCGUUUAGCAACCAGCCAGCCGUGUCCGAGUCUCAGGAACAUGGCGCGCGAUUUCCGACGAGUCGCCGUCGCCGUCGUCGGCGGCGGCAGCGGUGGCAGUGCGACAGUGCGGUGCAAACUGGUGCUGGUCUUUUUGGUGUUGCUGCUCGCGAUCGUCGUUCCUGCGUACGCCGACAGUCAAGGUCCGUCUGCAGACUUUAGCAGACACAUUCUGGUGAGGCCGCGAGUAUACCACGGCAGGACAAAGAGGCAGAUCUCAUCGACCAAAGAGAACGACAUCGAGCACGCGGACGUGCUGACGGUGGGUUUCAAUGUGGAUGGUGUCGAGCGUAUUCUCGACCUUCGACUGAACACCGAUUUAAUUCCGGUCGGCUAUCAGCAACGCCACCAGCAUCGCGGCACGUACAAAGUGCACACCCCGUCGAAAGUUGAACUCUGUCAUUACCAAGGUAGCGUUCGAGAUGUUCCCGAAUCGUGGGUUGCGUUAUCCACUUGUAGAGGAUUGCGCGGUGUCAUCUUCGAUGGUGAGAAUCUUCACCACAUCCAUCCGGAAGAUGAGAGCUUGGAUUCUCCGCAUUACCUCUACAAGCACAGCGAUCUCGUUGCCAAUAAUACGUGCGGUUACGAAGGCACGCCACCGCAUCAUGUUCACCGACGCGAUCAUCGCGAGGUUGAAAGACUUUCCAGGCACAAAAGAGCAGCUGAAAUUAUUCGAGGGCCCUAUAACGCGAACAGACAAUCGCGUUACGUGGAGCUAGUACUUGUGAUCGAUAAGAAGGAAUAUAUGGCGCUCGACGAAAACUUGGACAAAGUGCAUCAGCACUGUAAGGACAUCGCCAACAUUAUCAACGCUCUAUAUAUGCCGUUAAACGUAUUCAUCGCUCUGGUUGGCGUGCAAGUGUGGUCCGAGUCGGAUGAGAUAAAUCUAUCAUCGAACGGCGACACCACUCUGUCCAAUUUCCUGCGUUACCGUAGGGAGAAGCUGGUUCAAGAUAUACCCAACGAUAACGCCCAGCUGUUGACGCGAAUCACCUUUGAAGGUGGAGUGGUAGGCAAGGCUCUUAAAGGACCGAUAUGCACUUACGAGUUCUCAGGCGGCGUUUCCAUGGAUCACUCGACCGUCGUUGGUUUAGUAGCAGCCACUGUUGCUCACGAGAUGGGCCAUAAUUUUGGCAUGGAGCACGAUGGACCGGAUUGCGACUGUCCUGAAGAGAAGUGCAUAAUGGCGUCAUCCAGCGGCUCAUCCGGACCAACGCAUUGGUCCACAUGCUCAUUGGAACACUUGGCUAUAGCCUUUGAGCAUGGCAUGGAUUAUUGUUUGAGGAACAAACCGCAGAAGCUGUUCGACAGUCCCAUAUGCGGCAACGGAUUCGUCGAAUCAGGCGAGCAGUGCGACUGCGGUUUGAAGGAGAAUUGCGAUAAUCCUUGCUGUAACGUGACUACCUGCAUGCUGCACAGUAACGCGAGCUGCGCCACCGGUGAGUGCUGUGAUCUGAAGACCUGCAGGCCGAAAACCGCGGGUACGGAGUGUCGUAGCGCCGAACACGAGUGCGAUCUGCCAGAAUAUUGUACGGGUCAGAGCGAAUAUUGUCCGGCAGACGUGUUUAAAAUGGACGGCGAAACCUGCAGCGUAGGCAAGGCUUUCUGUUAUCAGGGCUCAUGCAGGACGCACGACGAUCAGUGCAAACUCCUUUGGGGUCCCACCGGUUGGUCCUCCGACACGCAAUGUUAUGAUAUGAACAAUCGGGGCACAAAGAACGGUAAUUGCGGCUACAAUCGGAUUGAUGCGAGUUUCAUCAAGUGCAAUGAUCAAAAUCUCCUCUGCGGCAUGCUGCACUGUAAACAUUUAAAUGAACGACUAGAAUUUGGCAUGGAAUCGGUCGCAACCUUGAGCCACUCCUUCAUCAACAAUGGAGGAAAGAUAAUACCAUGUCGUUCGGCUAUAGUCGAUCUUGGAUUGAGCGAAGUCGAUCCUGGACUCGCACCAGACGGCGCCAAGUGUGCGCCUGGAAAGAUGUGCGUGAAUCAGAAAUGUAUGUCAGUGGCGGAUUUGAGAGCAUCCGUAUCCGGUGGUAAUGCCUGUCCAAAUAAUUGCAACGGUAACGGAGUAUGUAAUAGUCUUGGUCAUUGUCAUUGUAACCGUGGUUUUCGACCACCUGACUGCCUUCAUCCUGGAAUCGGAGGCUCUGAAGAUAGCGGUCCAGCCGAAGAUCCAAACGCUCGGAACGAUUUCAUAACUGCAUUGUAUGUUAUCUUCUUGGGAAUAGUACCCGCCGUAGCUCUGCUGCUACUCGGAGUUUGGUACAUCAGAAAUUCUGCACAGCAUUGGAAGAAGGACGUGAUGUCUACGACCGAUCGCGGCCACAAUGGAUCGCUAAUCAAAACGAUCGAUCGUUCGAGCCCCAUGUCUCGUAACAUUGAGACGAUUGAUUCUAGCCUGAGUCAGGAUCCAGCGUGCGUAAGUCUGCUGCCUAAGACAGAGACCGACGAGCGCUACACCAACAAUAUGUUCGGUCAGUUUAAAGGAUUCACGAUCACGCCGAUCCAUUCAAAUCAAUCCAAACUGGCCGAGCCCACGAAACCGGCCCCACCUCCGCCGCCAGGGUGGAUGCCUACCGUAGCGAUAAAGACGAACAUAAUUAAGUCGAGCACGCAAAGGUGCAAUGUACCGCAUAAAAACAAUCUGUUGAGUUCUAAUGUCAACGAUGCGACUGCGCCGAUGUUGCCGCCGUUAAAUCCCGGAUCUAUGGCGCGACCGUUAAUCAGCAGUCCCGUAUUGGCAGCCACAACUUGCACAUCUGUCGAACUGGUAGCUGCCAAGAUACCCACCAGACCUGCUCCGGAUGUACCCACGCGUCCAGCCCCGGCACCGCCGACCACCGCUUCCACGACUCCCGCAAAGCCGCAGAGACCCAACAGUACGCCGUUGACGAACGUGAUAUUACCAGAACCUGAGAAGAAGGAUAGAGGUAGCACGCUCAACCGAAUCGCAUCGAUGUUGCGCCCUGGUUCCGGCAUCAUGAGAAGCAACUCCCAGAGAGAUGAAAGAAAUACAAAUUCUCUGCCGAGGAACCAGCAUCACAAGGCCAACAAAGUCAUCGAUAAGGAGAUCCUGAGAAACUUGGAGAUUUCCAAUCCGAUACCACAGAAGGAGAUCGAAAUCGCCACACCGGUCAUCCCGGUGAUAUCAACGGCCGAGGUCGAGAAAAAAAAUGUAGUCCUGCGCGCUCAAUCAAUGAGAGACAGCAAAAUUACGCCAAAACCUCUUAUUCAUACAUUCGGUUCGAUGCGUCAGACGACACCCGUCAAGAGACCCACCAGUAUUCCUACAAGCGCGAGGCCUACGUCACCACCUCCAGGUCCACCGAAUAUCACACAAACGGAAAAGUCCGUGGAAAGUACGAUAAAGAUUCCAGGACUGCCAGGCUAUCAAAAUCCACCCAUAAAGCCCUUGGAGAAUGUUUACGACGACUGCAUGAACUUGAUCGCGGAAUCUUCAUUGUCGGCUUUGACAGAGAUCACGGAGGAAUCUCCCACAAAUGAUAAUAUCUACGCGGUGAUAGAGGAAUCCGUACCGGAGAAGAACAGGAAGAAUACGGAAUUGGAGACAACAAAGCCAACCGCAAACGAAUAUAAACUACCGAAACGCAUCGACGCGUCGUCCACUGGUGGUAUGAACGGUCUGGAGUCGAUGGGUCUGCUAUCGGAAAUCGUAUCGGAGAUCUCGAAUCGCAAUUUCGACUCUAUAUAUUCUACCUCGACGCUAAGCAGAAAGAAGAAGGAGAAUGAUAAGGAGAAUGCAUCGAAAAAUGCGGAAAAUACAGGCUCCAAUAGUUCCCUGGGUGGUUAUAUGAAUUCGAGUCACUACAAAACACCCGGGAGCGUUUACUCGAACUCGACUUCCGGUAAAUUUAAUUCCUCGAGCUCCACCACCAGCUCCGGUUACCUUCAUCCAUCCGUGAUAAAUAUUCCGCAAGUGGACAGAAAAGAGACGGAUAAAACUAUUUCGGACGCGAACGACAACUUGAAACCUAUUGAGAAAAGCAAGCUAGAUACCCUCAAGUCUAAUAAUCCUAAUAUAAACGACGAGCUGUCUAAGGAACUCGGCAUGAAGCCACCUGAGAAUCUUGUAGAACACAAACCUUUCGCUCCAACCAAGAUUCGAUCGUCUCAUCUGAUACAUAUCAAGAAGGACGACCAAGCUGAAAAUAAAGUUCCGGUUAAGCCGCCUUUGAACAGGACUAAAACACCACCGAACAUCGUGAAAAGUCCGACUUCCAGAGAACCGACCGAGUCGAGCGUAAAACUCACGAGACAAAGUUCAGAUAAUACAUUAAAGUCGUUGAAAUCUUCCUCGAAAACGUCCGAUGCGAGUUCGAUAAAUUCGGCGAAGCAGCGUUCGGAUGCGAAGCAAACGCAACUGAAUGCGACCAAGUCGAAUAGCGAUUUAGAUAAAGAGGAAUCGCGUACAACUGUAUCUGUCAAAAAUGUGCCUUGUAGUCCUAAGGAUAAUCCGGGCAAGUUCAAUAGCCCGGAUUUGGUCUCGAGCUGCUCGAACUCGAAUCAAGGCGGCACGAAAUCGCCGGACGUUGUGGGCGGCAAUCCCAAGUUCAGUCUCCCUUUGAAGACAUCCGCUCACAAGACGUCCACGCUACCAAAAAAUGGUGGGCAAAAGACGCCUACGACGCCGUUGAAACCUCUAAACAUUACGUCCAAAACGACUGGUCUCUCGGAAAGGAAGAAGUCUCCGACCGGCAACGCGAGCAUAGCUAAAUCAUUAUCGUCAUCUGUCAAGGAUUCGAAUAAUGCCAAGGUUGUGACAUCCAAGAUAUCCGCUAAGACGGAAACGAUCAAGAGCGAGGAUGGAGGAACGAGGACGAAUCCGCUGCAAAGGGCGGCGAGUGGUAAAUCCAACGUGGCGUCACUUCAGCAAAAAUUCGAGGCCAACAAGAACAAUACUGGUGUCACGAGGACUAUAUCGAGUGCGAAUAACAAAAAGCCGGUGCCUGCGAGCAAAGUGACGGGAGUGCGCGGUGGCGGUGUGAAAAAAAAAAAAAAAGAAAACAAAUAAUCAUCACGAAAUAGAAGUGAAGGAAA